UAACCAACCUGUAUACAUAGACACUGAAGUUAUAGUCCUCCAGCUGCAUAGACAAAUUAAGAUCAAAAGAUUCUACACGUCAACUACAGUGUAUAAAGAUGCCAUCAGGUGAUGUUAAGAGUGACAUGGAGCGUCUGGGAAUCUUUAAAGAGAUGAGCUACAUCUCUGUAGGGGACAAGUACACUCCACCCUCCAACCGUCCGUUCAACGAGUCAGCCUGCCGUAGCCGGCAGAUGCAGGCGGGUAACGCUAAACAACGAUGUGCUCUGCAGAGCGGCUUCUUGGACAAGUCCUUCAAACGGAUAUUUGAAUGCGAAGCACUGAGUGACCCAGUGAGACUGGCCCGACAGAACCGCAUCCAACAAGCCAGAAAGAACAUCGGCAAGGCCUUCCUGCCCUGUAACGCGAUCAAGAGGCCCUGCGGUUCAGGUAGUUACUAUGGGACUCUGUCAGGACCUUUGGAAGCCAUGAGUCCAGUGUCAGUCGCCUUGAAAGCCCAUCGCUCUCCCGGACGCAACAUUGUCACCUCACCUCCCAAGAAAGGCAGCGGUUACAGCUAUCCCAAUGUGACACUGUCCAAUAUUGAGCUGUAUGCCUCCGACCCCUACAGCAGAGCCAAAGAAAUACUGGAGAAAGAGGCAGCAAUCCAUUUCUCCAAGUUGAGAGAUGGCCCCUUCAAAUUCAACCUUCACCCCAGAGAUUAUUUCCAAGGCAAUCCAUACCGCAGUGACAAGCCACUCCCACCGUCACACAAGCCACUCCCACCGUCACACAAGCCACUCCCACCGUCACACAAGCCCCUCCCAGCCGCACCGAAGGUCUCUGCGGACCCAUUCAAGCCUCCGUCCCCCAGCAAAAAGAUUGGAGGACUCAAAGCGGGGACGUUUGACUCUUAUCCCUUACAUUCUGCUGAUCCGUACGUCAUUCGCCGCUCCAAACCAACCUAUCCAGAGCCAAUUUUCCGUCCUGCUCCUGGUCCAAAGAGCAUCCCUGUCAAGAGUAUCAUCACUGUCAAUGUCAACAGGAGUGUGCACGCUGCAAACUACACCUCAAUCAUUCCAGCUGUGACAACCUUCUGACCGCAUUAACCAUACUGCACCGUC